AAAGUGUCGUGCAGACAUCUUGAAUGCUGUAGACAAUUAUGCUGUCCUGUGUCUAGAUAUUGUUUGGUGCUAUCUCUGUCUUAAAAAUGUUGAGGACUUACCCGACGCAGCCAGUCGGCUACAUGCCAGUGAGGAAUGUUUUCAGAGGACUUAUGGCAACAACAUGGAGAGACUGCUAGCGGUGAAGGGAGGUUCUGGGACCGAGCUUGCCCUGUUUAUGAGGUUACACCUUCUGCAGGGUAUAGUGGCCUUCCACCAACACGAGAUUCAGGAAGCCAACAGAUUACUCGGGAAGGCUGAAGAAGAGCUACAAAGGUUGACUGUUGAUGGAGACAAACUUACUCAAGUGAUACAGAUGGGCUUCAAGGAGAGGGAAGGACGAUUAGCUCUUAGAGUAACCAAUGGAAAUGUGGAGGCUUCAGUCCAAUACAUCAUGAAAAAGCGUGAGGAGAAAAAGGAAAUAGCUGAAAAAGUGGAAGAGGAGAGACGGAAGAAAAAAAUACAAAAAAGAUUAGGGUCAACUGCAAAGGGGGAUAAGGUAAAUGUGGACACCUAUGAGAUGUUACUGUCCAUGGGCUUCAGGAAUGGGGCGUCUGCAGAGGCACUUCGCCAAGCCAAUAACGACCUUAGCUUAGCCUUAGAGGUGCUACAGAACCAUCCUGAACUGUUAGAUCUGCCCGACCCCAGCAGUUCCUCGGUACCUAUCACAGACGACAUGCUCGCUCAGGUAAUAUCGAUGGGAUUUGAGAGUGAUAUGGCAAGAAAUGCUCUACAGAAACACAGUGGCAGUAUUGAGAGGGCAAUAGAAGAUUUGAUCAAAUCUGGAGGUGUGAUAGCGAGUCCCAAUGGCGAAUCAUCGUCUUCAGCAUCUUCAUCAUCAUCUGGAGCUACUUCACCAUAUGAAGAUAGCAGGAAACAGAAAGAGGUCCUUGACGAUCUUGUGUCGGACAUCGCAAAAGACGAAGAUGACUACCUAGAUUUAACGCUACAUGAUGAGGCCGAGUUCUUGAACCAAUAUAAAACCCUGCUGGAGAGUAUUAAAAGCUGACAUUUAUAUGUGUGAUGUUCCUGUUACAGUCUUCAAAUUGACAUUUUAUAAUUUACCAUGAGGUGUGGUAGUUCAUGUAUAAGGGUGUAAUAUAUAACACCAUAUUUGACCAUAUAACUGCAAAAGCAAAUACGAGAUGUGCUUAAUAACACCAGCAAAGUGUUGGGAGAGAAAUCAAAAUAUAUUUUUAGAGAAAGAAUAUCUUUAAAGCUAUUUUGGAUACUCUUUCCCCAAAGAAUUAUCAGGCUGAAUUGAUACAUUAGUGAAGUAAGCAUUUGAAAAUUUCUCACAGAUUUUGAAUUUUUAAAAAAUUAUUGUUGAAAAAUAUAUUAAAUUAGCAAUUAAUUUCUUUAAAAAUGUGUCUUUUUAUAUAGAAUUCCACAGAAAGUACUUGUUACAUUAUGUACAUGUAAACAGAAAUAUAUUUUAACUUAUUAAUUGAAAUGUUUAAUAUUUUUAUCAAUAUUAAAUUGUUACUGUGGCAUACAGAUUAAAAUAUGCAGUUCUAUGUUAUAUUUUUUUUUUUUUUUACUCGAGACUUUUAAAGAUGUGGAUUAAUGACUUACCAGUAAUUUGACUAUGAACAAUAUAUAAUUGAAAUAAGAAGAGAAAAUUCUCCCUAAGGAGAAAUUCUCCAAGAACCAACGUCCUGCAGAGUUCAAAAAGAUGCUUUGUUUCAUCGCUUGGUUAAUAACAAAAUGGAGCCAUUGAUAAGAAAUUAUUCAGAUGUCAAUAUUUUAUAAUUAGGAUCAAUUUGACUUCUGAUGUUAGGAUAAUUAAACAUCAAGGUGAUUAUCUUUAAUUAACGCUUAUAGACAUUGUCAUCAGUGCAAAUUGUAUGUAAGAUCAAGUUCACUUUCAAUGGAGAACAAUUUCUUAAAUAAAAUACAUUUUACAUCCAUUUACA